AUGAGGAUGGGCCACACCCGUUUUCUUCGCUGGAUAAUCAUCGGCUCUUUGAGCUUUGUGGUGGAUGUGAGUGUGAUUCAUGUUAUCCAUUUGAAAGACAGUGUUAGUUCCGAGUUUCUGAAGUUGGGUUGGUGUGCUUCUCGUAAUGGUUCCCCUGCUUUGGGUAGUGAUGGUGGCGGGUUGCUUUGGUUCAUGUGGUGCAUUUUUAAAUCUCCGUGUUUGUGGUUGGAAUCAAAUGUGAGGUGUGUGUUGGUGAGGUAA